UGGCUGUUGACCAAUCAGCGCAUAGACACGCCUCCUCCUCGUGAUUCUGAUUGGAUGUUCGACCCGUACUAAUACCGCGCCGCUUACUUCCGUACUCUCUUUCUUUCACGCGUCCUGACCGUAAGAUUUUUCAGUCUUGUCUUUAAACCGGCUGUUCCCCGAUCCUUGGAAGCACUGUCAAGAUGCCCAGGGAAGACAGGACCACGUGGAAGUCCAACUAUUUCCUGAAGAUCAUCCAACUGCUGGAUGACUUCCCCAAGUGUUUCAUCGUGGGUGCAGACAAUGUGGGCUCCAAGCAGAUGCAGACCAUCCGUCUGUCCCUGCGGGGCAAGGCCGUCGUGCUCAUGGGCAAAAACACCAUGAUGAGGAAGGCCAUCCGCGGCCACCUGGAGAACAACCCGUCUCUGGAGAGGCUGCUCCCUCACAUCCGUGGGAACGUGGGCUUCGUCUUCACCAAGGAGGAUCUGACUGAGAUCCGGGAUCUGCUGCUGGCAAACAAAGUGCCCGCUGCUGCCCGUGCUGGAGCCAUCGCCCCGUGUGAGGUGACCGUCCCCGCUCAGAACACCGGACUCGGUCCGGAGAAGACCUCCUUCUUCCAGGCUUUGGGAAUCACCACCAAGAUCUCCAGAGGAACCAUUGAGAUCCUGAGCGACGUUCAGCUGAUCAAACCUGGAGACAAGGUGGGCGCCAGCGAGGCCACGCUGCUCAACAUGCUGAACAUCUCGCCCUUCUCUUUCGGGCUGAUCAUCCAGCAGGUGUAUGAUAACGGCAGCGUCUACAGCCCCGAGGUGCUGGACAUCACUGAAGACGCCCUGCACAAGAGGUUCCUGGAGGGUGUGAGGAACAUCGCCAGUGUGUGUCUGCAGAUCGGAUACCCGACGCUCGCCUCCAUCCCUCACUCCAUCAUCAAUGGAUACAAGAGGGUCCUGUCUGUCGCCGUGGAAACGGACUACUCCUUCCCAUUGGCCGAGAAGGUCAAGGCCUAUCUGGCUGAUCCCACUGCUUUCGCGGUCGCUGCUCCGACUGCUUCGGCUGCGGUGGAGAAAUCUGCAGCUCCUGCGGCUAAAGAGGAGGCUCCCAAAGAAGAGUCCGAGGAGUCUGACGAUGACAUGGGCUUUGGCCUGUUUGAUUAAACUGCUGUCAACAUCAGUGUCAGUUUUACAUCAAUAAAACAUCUGGAAACAUCA